AGCCUCAUGAUGUUCAACAGAUGGAAAGCAAGUCUGCAUCAGCUGCAAACAGUCACAAAGGAUCUGCUACUAAGAAGAUUGUCCUGCUUGGAAAAACUGGAUCUGGGAAAAGCAGCUUGGCCAAUACAAUAUUUGGAGAGACGCUCUUUAAAGUAAAUGAUGGUUUUAACUCAGAAACCAAAACAUGUGACACCAAAACCAAACUUGUUCAUGGUAAUGACGUCUCUUUGAUUGACACUCCUGGUUUCUUUGACACAAACAUGCCUGAGGAUGAUCUGAAGUCUCAGAUAGUUAAGUGUAUCGUAGAGUGCGCUUCUGGGGUUCAUGCUUUCCUCAUUGUGCUUAAAUGGGAAAGAUUCACAGACCAGGAGCAGCAUGUUAUUAAUAAAAUACACAGUUGCUUCCCUGAUGAAGCACUGAAAUAUGCUGUAGUGGUCUUCACUCAUGGUGAACAGCUCCCUGAAGAGAAGAAAAUAGAGGAUUUUAUCAGUCAGAAUAAGAGUGUAAAUGAUCUGGUGGAGAAAUGCGGCGGCCGCUGCCACAUCAUCGAUAAUAAAUACUGGAACAAAGAAUCAGGAGAUGAAUACAGGACAAACCAGUUCCAGGUGAAAGCGAUUCUUGACACCAUAAACAGGAUGGUGAUUGGAAAUGGUGGCAAAGGUUACACCAAUGAGAUGCUGAAGGAAGUGGAGAGAAGAAUACAACAAGUAGAAAAUACCAUACGACAGUCAUCACCAUCUUUGCCAGAGGAAGAGAUCAAAUAUAAGGCAAAGAAUAUGUUUUCUGAUUGGUUUCUGAUGAUUAGAGAGUUUGCCAGGGAUAUGUUGCUGAAAGCUUGGCUUGGUGUCACAGCAGCAGUUGAUGCAAUUUUAGAGCAACUCACUAAACUAACAGAUGCAGGAGUUUGUGCACCUUGUUUCGGAUUAGGAGCAAUAGCUGCAGACUAGCAAGGAUAUAUCCAGGGCUGAAAAGGUAGACUCGGUCGAAGUGGUCUAAUGAACACGGCUAUACUUGUUACACAGCCCUGAGUAAAAAAAAAAACCACAAGCAUGGUGGUCUGCUUUGAUUUUAGACCCUCCUCCUACUGGCACCUGCAAGAAGAUUGACAUUUAGAACAACCAGCAAAAGCUAAAUAACUUACAGGAAGGGAAAUUUAAGUUUAGACAGAUUUAGAUAUUGGUCAGGAAAAUAACUACUUUAUGCCCCCUUUUUCUUCUUAUUUCUUUGAUCCCUCAAAAGAAUCUCAGUCACUCUAUGAAAACUAUGGAGUUUUCCAAAAACUUU